ACAGAAAUAAUUCAAAAGUUGUAAUAUGGUGAAAUAAGUGCACAUCAUUAUUCUAAAAUAAAAUAUAAACUAAUAGAAAUAUGAAAAGUGAUCUUUCAUAGGCAAAAAAUGUCCACAACGAGUUAAACCAAACUACGAAAAGCCUGACCCUCUAUCACAAUUCUCCUUGACUCCUAGGCAAUAUAUCAUAUCAUAACUGCUUUAAUUUUUAUUUUAUCUAAUAAGUUCCAGCCUUGAAUGUCUCAAAGAUCAGGACAUGAUUUUCUUCAUUCAGGGCCAAAUGAAUUCUUCUGAAACCAUGCAUGCCAAAAGCCAUGUUAACAUUCUUUGAUGGGAGUAUAAAACCCCCAAAUUUCUCCUAGCAGGUAGCCUGUAGUACUUGAAUAUCUAUAUUCCAACAAACAAAUUUCACCAUCCCAAGAAACAGCAUGAAUUGUAAGUGGUUUGCAUCUUUAGCCUUUUUAAUACUUCUUGAAAGUUCCAAGAUUGAAAGUCAAGAUGUACGGGUGAAGCUCUGUGGUCGCGAGUUUAUUCGGAUGGUGGUCACAUCGUGUGGAAGCUCUCGACUAAAACGGGACGCGCCUGAUUUUGGACCUCUUUACACAAAGCCCCAUAGUAGGUUUGCCUGCUUCAAACAUGAAAUACAUUUUGUAUGUUUUUUUUAUAUUCUGUGUAUUACAUCUUGCUAUCUUUUAAUUUUGCCUCUCUAUCAUUUUUCAGGAAGGCUUCAAAACUGGCUCAACAGAGAUCUCAUGGCAAACGAGAAAUGGGCCCAAACCAGUCAAGAGGAGCAGUGGAAAGAGUCUGAAUCCCCUGAAAGUGUGACAGAUCAUCCAGCCCUCAAACAGCACAUGAGCCCACAAGCAGAAGUUCUGGUACACUCCACCGCUGCGCAGGAUCUCAGCUCGUCCUACAGAACCCGGCGUGAUGUUGGGCCAGCGGGCGUCUGCUGUACUUCAGGAUGUACUAUGAGUGAACUGAUUCAAUACUGCUAGGCUCGCAGUUUUAGGACAGACGUAGAGCUGGGAUAUCC